AUGAAGAACUCUCCGCUGACAGGACAGAGUGUUAAAGUCAGUGAUAAACCUAAUUCUGCAACAAGACAAGUUCAGGCAGUACCAGACUCAAGAGGUUCCAAAUUUCCUGUUUGGAUUGACACCAUAGGAUAUGAUGAUUCAUUUCAACGUUCAGAUUCUGAAUCCUUCCAGGAGCUUCUCACCUUCAUGCAAUCCCAGGGAUUGUUGAAAGUGAAAGCUAUAAUCUGGACUGUUAGCUCUCAGGAGAGGAAGGAUGCCCGACUACGACAUCAGUCUGAUUUUAUAAAUCAAUUUAAAGAUAUGGAUAUCUGGAAUAAUGUGAUAAUUGUUGUGAAACAGCCUGGCAGUUAUAAUCUACAACAGGGAAGCCAAGGUGCCGUAGAGGCAGCUAAGUACUACGCCGGUGAACUCAGUAAUCUCCAGGUUCUUGGGUUCACAUAUUUAGACGAGAAGAUACCAGCAGAAACGCUGGCUAAACUCACAAAUUUAUCUCCCCAGGAAAGAAAGGAAAGACUUUUAGUGACGGAUUCUGAAUUGGUGGAACAGAUAGAUAGGGGAUAAGCGACUACUUCCUGAUUUCUGUCAUCUUGAGCAAACUUUUGUACAUAAAGGAAAACUAAG